GAAGACAAUUUGGCUCGGGUCGAUCAAUACCCAAUAGCACUCCGACACUCUACUCUGAGAAAACCUUAAACCAAAAGAUAGAAAGAAACACGAGGAAAACGAAGACGAAGAAGGAACAAACCCACAUCCUCGUCCCUGAUCUAUUUUGCCGUUAUCUAUCUGCCUCUCUAUAGCCACCCUUCUCUCGCAGUACAUCAUACUGCACACUGGAAGAUAAUAUUGUUGACAUUAAUUAAUAAAGGGGUCCAAUGGGUGAGAGUGUAAGAAAGCGCAAAAGUUUGUGGGAUGCAGAAGAAGAUACUUCUCUUCGUGUUGAGUCAAAUGAUAAAAAUGCAUGGUCUGGAAGGGGACAGUAUCCUAGUUAUCAGGAAAACAGUGCUUCGAAAACUGAUUUUUCCUCCAAGAAUCACUCUGGUUGUGACUUAUCACCACAAAAUGUUCCCCAGGAGAGUCAUAGGAGCAGCCAACAUGGGGAACGAGUUCCAGAAACUGAAGAAGCUGAUAGGAAAAAAGACUUAUAUAGAAGCCGCAGGCACCCUGCAAGAGACAGGAGCAGGAGCAGGGGAAGGGGAGAAGGCAGGAGCAGAAGUCCCGGUAGGAGAAGGGACAGAGCUAGGUAUCCAGUGCAGAAAAGGAGUGGAAGUACAAGCAGGAGCAGGAGUAGGGAUAGGGGCAACUUGAAAGCCAGAAGCAGGAGUCGCAGUCCUCCCCAUAAUUAUAAAAGUGAUCCACAUGGAUGGGGUGAUAGACGGAAUGGGUCUCGAAUAUCAUCACAGACCUGCAGAGAUUUUGCCACUGGGAAGUGUAGAAAAGGUAGUGAGUGUAGGUUCCUUCAUGCAGAUAACUUAAAGAGUACAGAUGGAUUUCAGUUAGAGGAUGACUUGGCUGAAACAUUGGGUAACAGGCUAGAGCAUGGACAUGUCUCAAGAUCUGCUAAUAGUGAAGGUCAUGAGAUCCGGGAUGAGCUUCCUGAUGCAUAUGAUAUAGAGCAUGAUCAAACUAGGAAACGGAACAGAGUUAUGAUCACUUGUAAGGAUUUCAUUAAAGGCAAGUGUCACUGGGGUGCAUCAUGUAAAUUCUCACAUGUUGGCGUUUCUAGUGAUAACUAUGAAAGAGGCGUUAAGAAUGCAUCUCUCAAUUAUGUUCAGGAGCGUGAACCAACUAAAAGCACUAAACAGCUGUGCAAGUAUUUUGCAGCUGGGAAGUGCUUUCAUGAAAACUGCAAAUUCUCUCAUGAUGGUCCCACCCCUAGCUAUAUUGAAACUAGACCCUCUGACAAUAUAGGUGGGGGCAGAUUGGAUGGCAAGAAUAAACACCCAAGUGGCCCAAAUUGGGAUGAUGCACAAAGGGACUCAAACCUUUCCCAAAUUGGGAUACACCCAAAAAGAUUUAUGGCUUCCCCAAAUGGUAGAGACACAAACACUUCUGGAUCUGUUCUGGAAAAAUUAACAGACAGUGAGGGGCAAACGGCUACUUCCAUAGCCUCACAAUCCCAAAGUUUAAAUGGAAGUUCUCAUGUUUAUGAACAGGGUAAAAUACAAGAAGCUUCAGGCGUCAAUCUUUCCAACACAGUCAUGAAACCUGAAAUGUCUUUGAAUUCUUUUGUUAUGCCAUAUACUUUUGAGGACAAGGGUAAAUUUGGGCCUAAUGCACUACACGAAGUGAAAAGCUCCAGGAACAGUGUUCAUCCGGUUUUAUUGCCUGGACAAAGCUACGAAGUUGGUGAAAAUAUGACUGUAAGCUCUGAACCUUCUUUCUUCACCAGCUCGAAUCAGAGUAGACCGAGAAAUCAGAAAGAAGCUGCCAGUUCAACAGAUACACAAAGUAUGGAAUUCCCUCAUAAUCUUUCCACUGCCGCACUUGUCAAGCUUGCAUCUCAAAUGAAAAACUCUUCCACUUCUUCCACGGUUACAUUUGGAAAUGAGUCUGUGAAAUCUGAACUACAUUUAGAGGUGGUACCAUCUGAUCCCAGUUCUGCACUUCCCAUGUUCAGUGCAAAGCCUAAUCCAGAUCAAUAUCAUGCCCCUGGUGAUAGUGUUGAGUUGUGUACCUCUGGAAACUUUAUGAUGCCUCUUGUCAAUGCACCCCGUUUGGAUGAACAGAAAACUAAGGUUCCUUUAGAAAAAUUGAAUUUAUCUGCUGUGAAUCCUGGAGCUGGAGAAAAAAAUGAUGUUGGUGGUUCAGAUGUGAUGCGCAAUAAAGAUCCACUAUUGAAGCGACCGGAGCUUUGUACGGAUUUGGAAGUCAAUGGAAACAACAAAAUAGUUGCCAACAAAUGUGAUGAUGGCCAAGAAAAUAAGCAUUCGGACAAUGUGGAAGUCCAUGGGAAGGCUGAAGAGGUAAGCGGUAAUAAAGAUGAUAAAGCAAUUCGAUUGUUCAAGAAUGCUCUUAUAGAGUUUGUUAAAGAGAUCCUAAAGCCCACUUGGAAAGAAGGCCGAAUGAGCAGAGAAGUACACAAGACUAUUGUUAAGAAGGUGGUGGAUAAAGUCACUAGUACAAUCCAAGGAGACCACAUCCCAAAGACGCAAGAGAAAAUAGAGCAAUAUCUGUCCUAUUCUAAACCCAAACUCUCCAAACUUGUACAGGCAUAUGUUGAGCGAUGUCUAAAGGCACCCGAUGCCUGAAACUCCCUUAUUUGGUCUGUUCGUUUCAUUUCUAUUUUGAAUAUUUCACCAAAGUUGGAACUGUGAAAAUUGAAGUUUAUCGCACCCUUGGGGUGGAGUUAGCCUGAAUUUCCCCGAUACUAUGUAUAUAUAUUGAUAUAUUCCUUUUGUCUUUUUAGUUAAAAUCCUUCUGAUUUAACCUUGAUCUGCGAAUUAAAUAUGGGCACUGGUGUUUCAUUAUUCUUCUCUGGGUUUAAUAAAUACUCUGAGUACAUGUUUGUUGGUGUCUAA